UCGCGCUCAACGUUUCAAAUGGUGGCUCGCCAACAAUGCCAACUCUCACAGCUUCUCGUUCGUUGGUGUUAGCAGUCAUUCGUCUGAUGAUUCUACAGGACGGAGUGCUGAUUGCUCUAUCGGCUUGCGUCCCCUACCACCCAGCUGGACAUACCCGAGCUUCCGCCCAUGGCUGAGGUUCGGGACCGUAACCGCGUCCUAAUAUCUACGGGCGGCGAAGCCGCUCGGAGGGAGUCCUUUGCUAGCAUGACGAGCAAUGGCAGUAACGGUAGUGGACAGUAUCUCAUCACCGCAACAGACCACAGUGGUGAUGCCGGAGCUCUCUCCCCCAUGUCCGUCCGUCCGUUCACACCUUCUGAGACCUUCUCCUUCCCGAAGCCUCCACUACCGUCGUCGUCCACCGCAAUAUCGGCUCGUCAGGGGGUUGGCUCACCUAGCGCGUCAACAGCAACGCUCGUCCAGCUCAGCCUGCCACCCCUAGUAUUCCACCGUGAGCUGGCGUCGCCUCCUUCUCCAAUUAGCAACACUGCAGCCGGCCUUCCAUCCGUGCCUGUGAUUGUCGUGAAUCCAUUCGAGGACCCAGUGCCAGCCUUCUCUGACACAGAAACAAUACGCCGUCCGUUCACGCCAAAUAUGGAGGAUGAACUCCUUGUAUCACUCGGAGAUGUCGUACGGAUCUUCCAGGUCUUCGAUGAUGGAUGGGCCUUGGUGGAGAGGAUCAGCGUCAAUGCCGUCGUGGCUGGAAACCCUCACAGCCAGCAGCGACGAGGCUUGAUCCCAGUGGACUGUUUCAGAGAGACGGGACAGGAAUUACCCCACUUCCUUGCACAAAAGAGGUUGAGCGAUUAUGCGACUCCACACGGGAUACAGGCUGCUUUUUAAGAUUUGUUUUGUGCGAGACCGCGUGUGUGAAUGCUACAUAGAGUUCGUUUACUGCACACGUUGCUCAUUUUGCUCGUGGAUGUGGAGAAGUCUGCACGUCUGUCAUAUACCCACCUUUUCCUUGUUGUCGCCCGUUCUUUUCUGUUACUCUUUGCUUAGAGGAAGAACUACUGUUCUCUAUCAUCUGUUUGUAAUCAGUACCAUCAUGGUCAUGGUCCAUGUUUCUGUUGUCCUAACUCCGACGGGCCCGUUCAAUUUCCCUCAGAGUCUUUUCCUAUGUUCCUACGUUUUAUUCUUUGCUGGUGCCGCUAUUAUAACGAUCCAGUACUUGGGUUGAUGCCGUUAGCUACUCGUGUAUUAGUCAGCAUGAAAUUUGCGAUCGAUGAUUGGCCG